AUGGCGGCCCCCGUCCUCCCACUGCAGCAGGUGAAGCUGCCCGCGCUGCCAUCCACGAAACUGACCCCGGAGCAACAAUACUGGAAGACAUUCAAGAACCCGCUGCUGAUCCCAUCGCCGGCCAACGGACCGGUCAACCUGAUCACACAACCGUCCGCGCCGUCGUCGGCGUCCGCCUUUCCGUCGCUUAGCCAGCCGCCCGACGUGUUCACGGUGACCACGGGCGCACGAGUCCAGAUCUACUCCAUCCGCACUCGCAAACUUCUCCGCACAAUCACCCGGUUCGAUGACACGGUACGGGGCACGGAUAUCCGGCCGGACGGGCGCGUGAUCGCCGUCGGAGACGACACGGGUACCGUGCAGGUGUUUGACGUGAGCUCGCGCGCGAUUCUGAAGACUUGGAGGGAGCACCAGCAGCCCGUGUGGGUGACCAAGUUCUCGCCGAGCGAUCCGACGUCUGUCCUGACGGCUAGUGAUGACCGUACUGUGCGGUUGUGGGAUCUCCCGACCGAGAACAGCGCGAAGGUCUUUGUUGGUCAUACCGAUUACGUGCGCAGCGGGGCGUUCAUGCCUGGGUCGCUGGCCUCGUCGGGGCUCGUCGUGUCGGGUAGUUAUGAUCGCACUGUGCGGUUGUGGGAUCCCCGUGUCGAGAACCGCUCCGCGAUGACUUUCAAGAUGGGCGCCGCUAUCGAGACCGUCCUCCCCAUGCCUACCGGUACGACGGUGCUGGCUGCGGCGGAUAACAAGAUCGCCGUGCUGGACAUUGUGGCCGGAAAGCCGCUCCAUAUGAUCCAGAGCCACCAGAAGACUGUCACUUCGCUGGCGCUGGCCUCCAACGGCGAGCGUCUGCUGUCCGGUGCGCUGGAUGGCCACCUGAAGGUGUUCGAGACGACGGGCUGGAACGUGGUGUCCGGGUCCAAGUACCCGUCCCCGAUCCUGUCGCUGCGGGCGAUCACGUCGGGGGUGGCGCAGGAGGACAAGCACAUCGCGGUGGGCAUGCAGUCCGGGCUGCUGUCGAUCAAGACGCGGCUGUCCGGGCAGCAGAAGAUCAAGGACAAGGAGCGGCGCAAGGAGAUGCAGGCGUUGCUGGAGGGCAAGCUGGAGGAGCACGACCGCAAGGUGGCGAAGCAGAAGAAGGCGCGCGGGUCCGGGUGGGAGAGGCGGCUGCGCGGGCGCGACUUCGUGGGCGAGGGGGUGGACAUCGUGAUCGACGGGCAGGACCGGAAGAAGCGCAAGAAGGAGCAGAGCUGGGAGCACGACCUGCGCAAGGCGCGCUACUCGGCGGCGCUGGACGCGGUGCUCUCGUCGACGGACAAGACGGCGCAGCUGACGGCGCUGACGGCGCUGCGGCACCGGUCGGCGCUGCGGGCGUCGCUGCAGAACCGCGACGAGGUGACGCUGCAGCCCGUGCUGCAGUGGGUGCACAAGAACAUCAUGGAGCCGCGGCUGGUGAAGCUGAGCGUGGAGGUGGCGAUGAACGUGCUGGACAUCUACUCGGGGAAUCUGGGGCAGUCGGCGCAGAUCGACAAGAUGGUGGAGCGGCUGCACCGGCGGGUGCGCGAGGAGGUGGAGAUGGCGCAUCAGGCCAGCCAGACGAAGGGGAUGCUGGAUAUGUUGCGGGCGUCCUAG